CCAGCACCAUGGGGCUUUUCCCUCCUGCCCCCUCCAUGGUCUGUGAGCCACCGGCAAUGACCGUGUGCCACCUUCCGCUGCCGGCUCCCACGUCUGCGCUUUGCCUUGCUGUGGAGACUGUGGAGCCGCAGCAGGCUGACAGACCUGCUGCCAGGGAAGCUGGGGAGGCAGGGAGAAGCCAGCAGUAAAGUGAACCCACUGCAGCUGUCCUAGGUCUCCUGCUAUCCCGAAGCCAAGGUUGUUCCCAGAAGCGGUGCUGUGAUCCGAUACCCUGCCCUGCUCCUCACCACGUCCAUCCAGCGAUGCAGAAGGCUUUGGUCUGCUCAAGGACACCCCUCCCGGGCAGCAUAGACUAAAAGGAGAGCAGGACCAGCUGGUAUCUCACUUUGGGGUGCUCCAGAAUGAGCCAGAUGACAAACGGAGCGGCGUGCCCUGCCUGCGAGCUGCUGCACGGAGUAACGUGCUGAAGGGAUCGCACCACCCGUGCCCCAGGACCCGGUUCCCCACUGCCUCCGUCCCCUCGUGCCAGGAUCUGCUGCAACGUUGGGCCAUGGAGGAGCAGGUGCAGGAGGAGGUGCCGGCAGCCCAGCGCACAGGUCAGUCCUCGGGUGCACGGCUCCAGAGCCGAGAUCGUGCCAGGCUCUUCCCAGGUCAGAGGUGGCUACCGGGACCUGUCUGGCCGUUCCUCUGGGAGGACGGCUGUCCUCAGCUGCUCUUUCAGUCCAAGAGCAUUUAGAGAUGUAAUGUCUCUUGGCGAUGGUCCCCGCAGGAGGCCACCACCCCGCACGGGAAGGAGAGGUGUUCAACACGCGAUACCAGGCUCUGUGCAAGCUGGGCUGCGGCACCUUUGCCACCGUCUGGCUGUGCCAGGACAUGAGGAGGAAGAAACACGUAGCUGUGAAGGUCCUGAAAAGCAGGGAGAGCUUUGCUGAGGCUGCCCAGGAUGAGGUUGCUCUCCUCCGCUGUGUGAGCAGUAUGAAGAAGAAGGACCAGGCAGGAGAAAACAUCGUCUGUUUGUUAGACGACUUCAGAAUGAUCGGAGAGAACGGCUUCCAUGUGUGCUUGGUAUUUGAGGCGCUGGGUCCUUCCCUGCGAUGUCUGAUGGGUAACUACGCAGCCCAGGGACUGCCUCUGCCGUUUGUGAAAAAGUCUUUACAGCAGGUGCUGGCAGGGCUGCACUUCCUGCACAAGCGCUGCCGCAUCAUCCACGCAGACAUCAAACCGGAGAACGUCUUGCUGUACGGACGCGACAAAAGCCUCCAAAGGCUUCUGCCCGAUACGCUCGACUGCGGCCAGAGAACAGAUUUGAGGCUAAAGGGACCAGGAGGUGAUCCUGGCAAUCGAUUGGAAGAAUCUGAUUUAAUGAGCAUAGAAGUGAAAAUUGCAGAUCUGGGCAGCGCGUGCUGGACAUACAAGCCUUUUUCCAAGGAGAUACAGACCCAGCCGUACCGUGCCCUGGAAGUGCUGCUUGGAUUGGACUAUGGCACUCCUGUGGAUAUCUGGAGCACGGGCUGCCUGGCAUUUGAAAUGGCAACUGGGGAGUGUUUAUUUGAUCCUCAACCUGGGAAAUAUUUCUCCAGAGAUGAUGAUCACGUUGCUCGUAUUAUUGAACUCCUGGGAAGAAUUCCUCCCCACAUUGCUUUCUCCUGGAACAAGUCAACAAAUUUUUUCAGCAGGCCAGGCGCUCUCCUGCGGAUCUCCAGGCUUUCCCCCCGCAGCCUCCACAGCAUCCUGGUGGACAGACACAACUGGACAAAACAGGAGGUCACCCCCUUCACCAGCUUCCUGCUGCCCGCGCUGCAGUACGCACCCGAGCGCCGGGCCACAGCCGCCCAGUGCCUGCACCACGCGUGGCUCAGCGCUCCAUGACCGGCACCUGCGCUGGAACCGCCUCUUCCCCCCGCCGCCCCGGAGCUCUGCGGGACCCGCGAACGCUUUCCAGCCCCGCCGCAGCGGCCGCGCCCGCCCUCCCGCGGGGGCGGCGGUGGCGGGGCGGGCCCGGGGCUGGCUGGCUGCCAUGGCGGGGGGCGGCGGGCGCUGCGCACAAGAUGGCGGCCGGAACGGGCCGCCCCUCAGGCGUUGGCGGCUCCUCAGCCCCAGGGGCACGACUCGGCCGCCACCCCCGGUACGCGGCACUGCCCUUCCGAGCGACCCCGGGAGCGGGGCGGUGGCCGCCCCCUGCGCUCGGCCUCCAGCUUUGUCUCGGUACUCCUCCCGCACUCGGACUCCAUCCGCCUUCCUUAAACGGCCCUUUAGUUCGGGUAGUCCGCGCGCAGCGUUAAUUGCAAGCAGCAAUUAGCGUCCUGUGCUCCCUAAGCCGGUAAGGCUGUGUAAGGGGGGGGGGGAGGGGGGCAAGGGCAGAAAGGGCCCUUCCGUGCCCGUCUGCGCCUAGCCUUCCUCGCGGGGCGCCCGUUCCCCGGCAGCGGGAGCGACCGCCGGCCUGCGGCGCAGCCCCCCCCCCCAGCCAGGGGAACGCCGGUAGCUCCGCAGACCGGUCCUGGGUGCGCUCCGCAUUCUCCCAAGCCAGAGGCGGUACGUGGCCAGCGGACACCAGCGCAGCGAGAGCCCCUCGGCUGGGCGCAGGCACCGACCCAAUGCCGCAGGCCGCCUCCCGCCCCCUCCUUCCCGCCGCACGCAGCCGUCCCUCGGUCAGCGCCGACGCCCUUUGUCUGGGGCUCCGGGGACGGAGGACCAGGCAGCUCUGGGCUCCAGCGGUGUGCUGGCACCUCUCCGCGCCGGCCCCGGCCUGUGAGGGGGCGCAGAAGGCGGCAGUCCCGGCGCGUCCUGCGCUCCCCCCUCCAGCCUCAGGAGGACCCGCCGGGCCGGGGGGGGGGGGGGGGGGGAAGUGCAGCCGCCGGAGCAGAGUAGCUCCGUGGCGCGGCACCUGGGGGAGGCAGCGGUGGCAGCCGCCGAUGGAGCGGGGCCGGGGGGCCAGGCUGCCCUCUCGGGCCCCCCUGACACGACCCUGGCCCCGCGGCCGCCCCCUCCCCCCGCGGCGCGGACGUGCCGAGCUGCAGGC